CGUGGCUCUACUGUAACCGCUGGUGAGCGGCAGGCGGGUGUGAAGAGGAGUGAAAGCAAAGAUGAUUUCCCUCACAGACUCCCAGAAAAUUGGAGUGGGGCUUACAGGAUUUGGUGUAUUUUUCCUGUUUUUUGGGAUGAUCCUAUUUUUUGAUAAAGCCCUCCUUGCUAUAGGAAAUAUCCUUUUUGUUGUUGGCUUGGCGUUUGUUAUCGGCUUGGAGAGGACGUUUAGGUUCUUCUUUCAGAAGCACAAGAUGAAAGCCACCAGCUUCUUCUUGGGGGGCAUCUUCGUGGUGCUGAUUGGAUGGCCCAUCAUCGGAGUGGUUCUAGAGUUUUAUGGCUUCUUCCUUUUAUUCAGGGGAUUCUUUCCAGUUGUAAUAGGCUUCAUCAGGAGGAUUCCUGUGCUUGGAUAUUUGCUAAAUCUCCCCUUCAUUAGUGGGUUUGUGGACUCCACAAAUGGAAGCAGCAACAUGGUUUAACAGAAACUGAUUUAAAAAAAAAAAAAAAACCUCUUAUUUAUGAUGGAUUUUCUAAAGCUUUACCUUAAAACAGCCAUGUGAAAUCUAGGGCUCAUAUUACUGAAGCUUUGCAUUCAGACAUAUUACCAUUGUAAUAAUGAUGUCUGAGUGUGCGUGAUAUUUAAGACAACAAGAAGCGAAUUGUGCAGGGUGGAAAAGACUCCACACCUCCGUCCUGCCGGACAAUGCAAUCUACUGAGCUGCUUCGCUGGACCUAGCAUCCUUCCACAAGGUGUAUACUUUAUGAAUGCAUAAUUCACGAAGAAGUAGGAGAGGUCCUUCCACGAGGGACGGUUUGUUGAAUGUGUUGAAGAGAUUCCUGGUUUUUAUUGACUUUUUUUUUAUUGAGAAUUUUGAAUUCGGUUACAAAAAUGGCCUUGUUACACUGUUGUAUCUAUGGUGUUAUUUUAAAGAGCUGAAUGACUUCAUUUCUUGUUUUUGCCGACACACCUGUUGAAACACCAAGUGCAAUAUUUACACUCUUGUAAAAUUAGCGGUUACCUUACUAAUUCUUACUACUUAGACAACUGGCAUGCUAAGGUGUUGCCAUCAUUUGUUUCUAGCUCUAUUUUAUCAAACAUGUAUCUGAAAUUUGUAUGUUGAAAACCUUAAAUCUAUUGAAAACAUUUAAAAACUU